AUGUCUUCGAGGUAUAGGGUAGAAUAUCAUUUAAAGAGUCACCGCAAAGAUGAGUUUAUAGAUUGGGUAAAGGGGCUAUUGGCCUCACCGUUUGUUCUUCAUGCGGUCUCUCAUGAAGGUGAUUACAAUGAUGACUUGGCAACAACUCAACGUGUAAGAUCACAGUAUGCAGAUAUCUUCAAAGAUAUUGAGGGGCUGAUUAAGGAUAAGAUAGAAUUUGACUCCAGAAACAUCAAUCAAGAUGAAAUUGAAGAUGGCGCCUCUUCUCAAUCCCUGAAUAUUCUGGGACAAUCACGUUUGAACCUUUUGGUCCCAUCAAUAGGAACAUUUUUUACAGAACUUCCAUUAGAGCAAGCUUUUUUAUGGGAAGAUUCACAAAGGGCCAUUUCUGCACGUAGAAUGGUGGCACCAAGCUUCAAUGAUAUCAGACAUAUUCUAAACACUGCACAGAUCUUUCACUUCAAAAAACAAGAGAAUUUGCAUAAUGGUAAAGUUUUGAGGUUGGUUACUUUUGAUGGAGAUGUUACCUUGUAUGAAGAUGGCGGGUCUCUUGUUUACACCAACCCGGUAAUCCCUUAUAUACUCAAGCUGUUACGCUACGGCAUCAACGUGGGUAUAGUGACCGCUGCUGGAUAUGAUGAAGCUGAAACCUAUGAGAACAGAUUAAGGGGGCUAAUUGUGGCAUUACAUGAUUCAACUGAUAUACCAGUUUCUCGAAAAGAGAACUUAACAAUUAUGGGUGGUGAAUCAAGUUAUCUUUUCCGUUAUUAUGAAGAUCCAGAAGAGGAUAACUUUGGAUUUAGACAAAUUGACAAAGAGGAAUGGUUAUUGCCUAUGAUGAAGGCCUGGUCUCUCGAAGACGUGGAAAAGACCUUGGACUUCGCCGAGAGGACUUUGAACAGGUUGAGAAAAAGAUUAAACUUACCUUCAGAAAUUGCUAUUAUUCGUAAAGUGAGAGCAGUUGGUAUUGUACCAGGCGAAAGGUACGAUGAGGCUUCCAAAAGACAAGUUCCAGUUAAACUUGACCGAGAACAGCUGGAGGAAAUAGUACUAACUCUUCAAAACACUUUAGAGUCUUUUGCGCCUUCUAGAAGAAUCCAAUUUAGUUGUUUUGACGGUGGUAGUGAUGUUUGGUGCGAUAUAGGAGGGAAAGACCUUGGUGUUCGUUCACUACAACAAUUUUAUAAUCCUGAAGCCCCUAUCAAGCCCUCUGAAACCUUGCAUGUUGGCGAUCAGUUUGCACCGGUGGGCUCAGCAAACGAUUUCAAGGCAAGAUUGGCUGGAUGCACCCUCUGGAUAGCUUCCCCCCAAGAAACUGUGAAUUACCUUCAUAGACUAUUAGAAACUGAUUAA